GUCACGAGGGGCGGAGCUACACGGAAUAGAGGGGCGGAGCUACACGGGACCAGACAGCUGAACAGUGGUGGAAUCAGCAUUGCAGUGACGGCCAGCCAGACUUGGAGCUGUGAGGUGGGUGCCUUCUUGUAUCCUUGAUCAGCCUGAAAGAGGGAGCCUGCCUGGCACUCCUGCUCUUUUGUACCUCCCAGCUGCGUUUCUCCUGUGGCUGCACUAAUGACAAAGGAAUAGUUCCUGGAUCCAGAAUCAGCAGAAGACAACUCGGGCAGAGACAGAUUUCUCCUUUAUGCAAUGAGGAGGACGCAGAGACCCCCGCCAGGACAGCACAGACACUGCGAGAAAUGUUUCAGCAAGAAUUGCCAAGCCCCCAUCAACACUGGUGUCUCCUGCGUGAUGAUCAACUGCCACUUGCACUGUGGCGCCAGGUUCCACCUAUGCAAAGAAGAGGAACACCACCUGUUAUGCACCAAUGAAUGGGUCCCCUGCCUCAACUCUAUGUUUGGCUGCCCCUUCUACAUGUCUCGCAGCAAGCAGGCAAGGCACCUGAGGGUUUGCCCGGCCAGUGUGGUCUGUUGCUCCAUGGAAUGGAAUCGCUGGCCUAUAAUUGACAAGGAUCAAGCACUCUAUAAGAAUAUUCUGAAGGAAGAAGACCGAGAGGAACGUCUGGAUGUGGCCUUAUCUCUCAGGGAUCAAAAGAUUCUCUUUGGCUCCCUUAAAAUGGCCGAACUUUUCCCAGAGCUCUCCGAACACCCCAAAAACACAAUAAACGUGGAAACACCUAACAUGGACGUGGAAGCUGUAGGGGGAUAUGAUCUUCAAAAUGGAGGAAACUUGGUGACGAACAGUGAUGGAAUGGUUGAGCUCACUCAAUAUGAACGUGAGGCUCUGGCUCGGGGGCAGGAUAGCAUAGAUAUAGAGAAGUUCAAACAAUGGGAAAAUAUUUUUAGCAAAGAAAAAUUAGCAGCCAAGUGUCUGGAGACAAAUACUGAACAAAACAGUAGCCCGUCAGCAAGCACUAGUAAGCCACCUGACCACAAAGCCAACGUAAAAGUAGAAAACAAUCAAGAACCAAAGGAAGUACUAAAAAAUGAGGUGGCCAUGCGACUGGAGAUAACAGGCUUGGCUCCAUGGCAAGAGGGUGUCCUAGAACGACUGAAAUCUGAAGUGGAUUGUGGAAGUUACAACAUGUACUUAGUGCACCAUGGCAGCAUGCUCAUCCGAUUUGGGCAGAUGGCUGCCUGUACCCCUAAAGACAAGGACUUUGUUUAUGGAAAUCUGGAGGCCCAGACAGUGAAGACCGUGUGCACCUUCAAAGUGCCAACAAGCUACUGCGGCAGAAAAGCCAAACUUGGGGAUGAUCGUCCCAAGAGGGAUAAAGCGCAGAAGCUGGUGGACACCUCUGACCUUGGGGUCCUGGCAGAAGACUUGCCACUUUCUGACAUUGUAAACACCACCUUGCUAUGUGCCCUUGAGAGGGAGCUGAAGGGUCAUGCCGUAUCGGAGAUGAAGGCCCUUGAUGGGUUGCUUAUUGACUUUCCAACACAGACUUAUAAUUUUGGCUUAGAUCCAUUCUCUGAUAAGACAGUUUUAUUAGAUCUUCUGGCUGAAAAGAAUAUGAAAAAUGUAGGCCUUUACCUGGACAUAGAGAGUGAUUGUGUAAACAGGAGGCACAAUAAGAGUACUUCCUCCUUCACGUUCUCCUGUAACCUCUUCUUCCGCAGAGAUGAGUUUGCCUCACACUUUAAGAAUGUCCACUCUGACAUACAGCCCUGCCUCAGUGGUUGGUUCCAGCAGCGUUGCCCCCUAUCUUACCUUGGUUGCACCUUCUUGCAAAACAGAUUUCGGCCUGCAGGUUUAAGGUCACAGGUCAUCUACAGCAAGCAGCUGAAGACAUUUGCACUGAGGCCGCAGGUUGAUUGCUCUUUGUAUGAGGGAGUGAGGCCCAACCUUUCAAGGAGCCAUCGAGGAAAGAGCAAAGAUUCCCUAACCAGCCUCCCAUUGGAGAUCCUUCAGCAUAUUGCCGCGUUCCUGGACAGUUUCAGCCUUUGCCAGCUCUCCCAAGUGUCUACUCUCAUGAGAGAUGUCUGCGCCAUGUUGUUGCAAGAGAGGGGGAUGGUUCAUUUGUUCUGGGAGAAGAAGACUUACUCACAUGGGGGGACUUCAUGGAGAUGUCGGCGAAAGGUCUGGAACUUCAGCAGCCUCUUCUCUCCCGUCCACCGAUGGAAAUUUGAUGACAUCUCCUCCAUAUCUGAGCACCUGAAGGUUUGUCCGUUCAAUUCCCUGGAGCGGAAGAAGGAUCCUUUCCAGCUCCCCAGUGUGCAUGGGCCUCAGCAGCAGAAGGAGAGCUUAUUAAACCUUAGUAGGAAGCUGUAACCACUGAUCCCGAUGGAAGCGCUCGCUGAGGGAGGGGCGUGAAGGGAUUACUGGCCGAGGCUGAACACUAGCCAUGACACCUGACACUAACCACCCAAAGAUUUCUAUGGAACUUCUGCUGUCCUCGGUGUAACCCCCUAGCAAUGUGUAUUUGGGUUCAGGGUCCCUCAUCCCUAAGCUCCUCAUGGGUGAGGAGCAUCAUGUUGUUUUCCCAGCUGUUCUCAUCCAUCUCAAUGUGGAAGAAGUCUUUCCUCAGCUACUUCAAGUUUGAACCUUAUUUCUCCUUAGUGUGCCCAUCCCCGCCCAGGAUAACCCUGAUGCCCCCAGUGACCCCCAACCUCCAUAUUUCCUACCGAAGUUGGACUGUUCUAGUCUCACCCACCUGAUUCUUCCAAGCUUGCCCCAUGAUCUUCCUGUUGCAUGGUCAUAAUCUGGUGCCAAUCACAUAGUGGCACUCGCAGGUCCCUGCGGGCAGAGGUGCAGAGAAUGGGACCAUUUGCACCUUGCAGUAAUGACACAUGCCUGGCCCAAGCAAAUGGGACCCUGUGUGCGCCAUCAUAAUGUCCGACCACCUGCGACUUCUGCUCCAUGCCCAGACUGUAUCUAAAAGGGCAGACGACACACCGUCAUUUUAUCCCCAUUAUACUCCAUAUCCUAUAACUGAGGGAUAAAUCUAUUAUACAGCCAUAAUACCAUUGCUCUGUAAAGCGCAUUUUAUCCUCCGGCCCAUGUAUAGUUACGCUCUCAGGGCCUGAUUUAUACGCAAUGCUGAUGUUUUUGCAAGUGGGCGAUGUUCAGCUACUCCGAAACCCUUACUGCACACGCACCAGCUGUGUUUGCAAAUGUGCACGCCAUUGCGCACUUAAUUGCAAAUACACGAGAAGAGCAUUGCGAGGCAUUUGUGUAUAUGGGUGGAGCCUAGGUCUUAACCAAAAAUAAACGCAAAAAGAGGCUGUGAUGUGGGCGUGUACUGGAAGUGGCAUGGGCGCGUAUUGGGAGUGCCAUGGGCAUGUACUGGGUGUGAGACGGGCGGGGCUUUCGCAAUACCGCUGCCACAGGGGCUAUAUUUGUGGAAAGUGACAGACUUCUAUCCACGUGAGCCGCCGAUGUUUGCCGAUGCUUGGACGAUGUUACAGUGUGCACGCUCCAUCCGGUCGAUCUGCACAAUGGUGGUGAUCGCAGCAGCAAAUUUGUUAGCAGUUGGGCAAAACCAUGUGCACUGCAGGUGGGGCAGAUAUAACAUGUGCAGAGAGAGUUAGAUUUGGGUGGGUUAUUUUGUUUCUGUGCAGGGUAAAUACUGCCUUCUUUAUUUCUACACUGCAAUUUAGAUUUCAGUUUGAACACACCCCACCCAAAUCUAACUCUCUCUGCACGUUACAUCUGCCCCACCUGCAGUGCACAUGGUUUUGCUCAACGGCUAACAAAUUUCCUGAUGCGAUCAACUCAGAAUUAGGCCCAAUAUCAGAUAAGUACAGUGGGCGUUUUCGCUUGUACACCGUCCGCCUCACGCUCAUACACGCGGAGACUGCCUACACCAGCUGUUGCAUUAUGUCACCACUUUAGCUGCGGCGGCAUUAGCGUACAAAUCAGAAUAAGGCCCCCAGUACCCCGCAGAGCUGCCAACUUCCCCCGAUCUCCAGCCCAGCGGCUGUGGAAACUAAUUUCUUGUCUUUAUAGUGAAUGUGCGACACAGACGGGAAGUAUGUAAUAAAUAUGUAGUGAAUAUAACAA